UAUUCGUUGGAGUAUGACUAUUUAAAUGCUUCACCGAUCUCUCUCUAUGACUCUACAGUCAUCAAAGCUUUAAACUAUAUUAUCUUUGAUAAAAUCCCUAAUUCAUAUCUUUGAAACUGAUAAAAGAAACAAGAAAUGGCCUCUCAAUUGCUCUUGCCACCAAACCCAUUCACUAAAUCAGUCUCAGCUAAAGUUUUCUUUACAGGUGAUUAUCAAGGAUUGAAUGAUUUAACGCUGAAAAAAAGAUCAAAUCAACCAGCAAAGGUUUCUAAUGGAUUUAGCAUAAGAGCAAAAGCAACUUCGAGAUCUACUCACAACAAAUCAUUCGUUGAGAUUCCAAAACAAUGGUACAAUCUUGUCGCUGAUCUUUCAGUGAAGCCUCCACCACCGUUGCAUCCCAAGACUUUUGAACCGAUCAAACCCGAAGAUUUGUCACAUCUUUUCCCUAAUGAGUUGAUUAAACAAGAAGCGACACAAGAGAGGUUUAUUGAUAUCCCUGAGGAAGUUCUUGAAAUCUAUAA